AUGCAAGGCGAGGCGUAUAGGCGAGGCGUUUUUAGUAGCGCUAUGCGAGGCGUAAGCCUUGAGGCAUUGAGGCAAGAUUCCAGAUCUGGUACGCCUUGCAACGCUUUGCUCUGCCUAGCCACGCCUUGCAACGCCUUCCCAGCGCUAAACGUGCAACUCGCGAAACAGCCGGACACCUCGGGCGUAUGGGUGUAUUUCAUGAAGGAGAUAUCUGAGGUCUACACCAAAUUCAAGGAGUGGAAGAGCGAGGGUGUCAAGAGGCAUUUUACUUUGAAGAAAAUACCCCAACAAAAUGGAGCCAUGGAGAGGAUGAAUCGAACUCUCAUGGAGCAUGAGAGGUGCAAGAGGAUUCAUGUAGGCUUGCCUGAGGCAUUUUGGGCAGAGGCAGUUAACCACACUUCCUAUUUGGUUAACUGGUCACCAUCGAAGUAUCUUGAUUUCAAUUGUGCAGAAGGGGUAUGGUCUAAUAAAUCUGUUGAGUAUACUAAUCUUAAAGUAUUUGGAUGGAGUGUCUAUGCUCUCAUACCUAGUGAUGAGAGAACCAAGUUGAAACCGAAGUCCCUUGAGUGCAUAUUCCUCGUCUUUGAGAGCGGUGUGAAGGGUUUCAAGAUAUCAGAUCCAUUGAACCAAAAGAAAAUACUCAGCGGGGAUGUAGUGUUUGAAGUGAAGACCAUGCCUAUGAUCAAUCCAAUUGAAAACGUUCAUAAGAUGUUGAAGUCUACACUGAGGUGGAGGAAGUUGGGCAACAAAAACAAACUCAAGAAGGAGAAGAAGAAGAAGAAGAAGAUGCUUAGAAUCAAUUCAUAUGCACUCUCGAUUGUUCUUGUUGGAACUGAUGAUGGAUGCUGGGAACACAUGAAGAAAUUUCAGGAAAUGAUCCCUAAAAGAAAAUUUGAUAAUUUUCAGUUCGUCAACUUUACUGAGAUUAUGCCUAAAGAUGGAACUCUUUCUGAUGAAGAAGCGGCUUUUGCUCAUGCUGCACUCGAGAAACUCCCAUCCCAGUAUAAAGCAGCUGUUGAACUUGAUCUUGUUGGGCAGAAAAGGCGUGUGGCAGGAAAGGGAAAGAAAAUCGUUCCAGGCUCUGCACCAGUUCCUCACACUUGCUGUGCCAAUGCCAUGCCAAGUACUUGUGAACCAAGCACUUCGGCAUCCAUGAUGAUCAAAACCUGA